AUGGCGCAUUUGUACAGACCGGUUCGUUCGCAUCGUGAUGAUGAAGUGCUCCAGGAGGAACUGGGGAGGUGGAAGUUGUUCUGUUUGACUGUCAGCAUGGGAGGACUGCAAAUAACCUGGGUGACAGUCAUGGCAGGCGGAUCCCCCUUUCUCCUCUCCCUCGGCCUGCCACCAUCACUCGUAUCCCUCGUCUGGCUAGCCGGUCCAAUCUGCGGCGCCUUUCUGCAGCCGUUCAUCGGGUAUAAAAGCGACGCAUGCACGCACAGAUGGGGCCGACGCAAACCAUUCAUUAUCUACGGUGCUGUCGCAGCGAUUGCGGGGAUGAAUCUGCUCGCGUGGACGAGCGAGUGUACCAGAGCUGUGUACUACAUCUUGGGCGUUGACUCAGAGGGCACCAUUCCUAAAAUCCUGACGAAGAUUGCUGCGAUUAUAUGGGUGUGGACGAUUAAUGCCUCGCUUCAGCCUGUCCAGUGCGGGCUGCGCUCGCUGGCUGUAGACUCGUGUCCUGCGUCGCAGCAGGUGAAAACGAGUCGGAUGGCGAGCUGUAUGACGCUGAUAGGUGGCGUGGCAGGAUACGCGUGUGGAUUUCUGAAAAUGCCCGUUCCCGAGAGCGCUGGGUGGAUUCAUAACGCCCAUUUCAAGGGUCUUUGCGUGAUUGCUUCGACGGUGUUGGGGGUGACGGUGGCUGCUACGUGUGCUGUUAUGGGUGAUCGCCCUCCGAUGGAGGAUAUGCAGCGGAGGAGGGGAGUAAAGGCUGUUUAUGGCGAGAUAUACAAGACGGCGAGGAUCUUGCCGAGACGAAUCAAGAUGGUUUGUCUGGUGCAGGGCUUUGCGUGGUUGGCUUGGUUUGCGUUUCUUUAUUAUGCUGCUACAUAUCUGAGCAAACUCUGUACGUCCCAUCCUGACAUUCUAGGUACACCCACUAAUAAGACAGACGAAUCCACCGUCCUCUACACCAAAAUGGGCCCCCCAUCAACCCGCUUCUACAACGCCCUCCACGAAGAAUCCCUCCGCCACGGAACCCUCGGCGUGAUGCCUUUCUCCUCCGUCGCGCUGAUCACCAACAUCAGCCUGCCCUAUCUCAUCCAGAAGGCUAGGUUUCUAAGUCUAUCGCGGGUGUGGAUGGGAUCGCACAUCCUGACAUCCAUAUGCAUGUUUGCACUAACCACGGUGAAUAACUUCAUCAUAGCAUCUGUCUGUGUCGCCCUCGUCGGUGUAUCCUGGGGCCUGACGCAGUGGGCUCCGUUUGCGAUUAUCGGGUCCGAAAUUGCUGCUAGUAUGGAUGAUGCGCCCCCUUCUCCUUCAUCCUCUAGAGCAGACUCGCCUCUCACGCAAUCCCGAGAUUUAGACGUGGAUAUGGAAAAACACACCCCAAACCAAAGCCACAUCCAAGCCAUGACGGCCACGACUAUGGGCGUUCAUAACAUUGCCGUCUCCAUGCCGCAGAUGAUCGCAGCCGUGUUGAGUAGUUGUAUUUUUGCUGUCUCUGGUGUACUGCAUAUUGGAGAAACAGACGCGAUGGCAUGGGUGUUGCGACUGAGUGUUGUUGCUGCUGGUUGUGCGGGGUGGUUUACUAGAUAUGUCGAUUAA